AUGACACUUGGCGAGUGUGAGAUAGCCUGCAGAAGAAAUUGCUCUUGUACAGCUUAUGCAAAUUUAGAUAUCAGAAAAGGGGGGAGUGGAUGCUUGCUAUGGUUUGGUGAACUCAUGGAUCUUAAGGUCUGUGAAGAGAGUCAAGAUCUUUACAUAAGAAUGCCUUCAUCCCUAGUAACAGGUCUUACAGUCUCCCAACCUGGCUUCAAUAGAAAGAUCCAAAUACUCACUGUAGUCUUGUCAAUUUUACUGGUGUUGAUGGGCAUGUCUGUAGCAGUGCAUGCUUUCAGGAUGAAAAAGAAAAGGUCUUACAUGAAAGGACGAGGUCGAAGGGUACACUCCAUUGAUAGACAUAAUUCAGAUGUACAAAAGGAAGAUCUCGAGAUGAAUUUUUUUAGCUUAUCUAUAAUAACCAAGGCUACCAAUAACUUUUCAAUCAACAAUAAGCUUGGAGAAGGUGGCUUUGGUCCUGUUUACAAGGGAGUAUUGGAAACAGGACAAGAAAUAGCUGUGAAGCAACUUUCUAGAACUUCUGAACAGGGUUAUGAUGAAUUCUACAAUGAAGUUGUUUGUGUUGCUAAACUUCAACAUCGGAAUCUUGUGAAGCUUGUUGGAUACUGCAUGGAUGGAGAAGAAAGGAUCCUGAUUUAUGAAUACCUGUCUAACAAAAGCCUGGACUUACUUCUAUUUGAUGAAACCAAAAGUUGCAUGCUUGACUGGCCUCAACGUUUUUGCAUCAUCAAUGGGAUUGCUAGAGGAAUGCUCUAUCUCCACCAAGAUUCUCGCCUUCGAAUCAUACACAGAGAUCUCAAAGCAGCCAAUAUUCUGUUGGAUCAUGACAUGAACCCUAAAAUAUCAGAUUUUGGCCUUGCUAGAGAGUUUGAAGGAAACCAGAUUACAGCCAAAACGAAGAAAGUGGUUGGAACAUAUGGUUACAUAUCACCCGAAUAUGCACUUCAUGGGCGUUUCUCUGUAAAAUCGGAUGUGUUUAGUUUUGGUGUUUUGGUGCUGGAGAUAGUGAGUGGGAAGAAAAACAGAGAAUUCUCACAUGAAGAUCUCAGUGAUAACCUUCUUGGACAUGCAUGGAGACUGUAUACAGAAGGCAAGUACCUUGAACUCAUGAGCCCAUCUUUACACAACUCAUGCAUUAUCUCAGAGGUGAAAAGAUCAAUACAUGUUGGGUUAUUAUGUGUACAAAAUCAUGCACAAGAUAGACCAACUAUGUCCUCUGUGGUUAUGAUGUUGGGUGGUGAGGGAUCACUACCUCCACCUAGACAACCUGCUUUCUUUGCUGAAGAGGAUUCGCCUAAACUCAACACUUAUUCAGGAGUUGAUGAAGCAACUAUAACACUGUUACAUCCUCGUUCAUUUCGUUCAAGGGCUUAUCUAAGUCCACAAGGCCACCAGGCACGUUUGAACUGGGUUGAUCCCAUACAAGCUUGGAUUCAAUAUGCGGCUAUUACUGUUGAUAUGUGUGCACAACAUGGUCAAUGUGGUCCAAAUGGAAUAUGUGACAUUAACAAGGAGGAUUCUCCCAUCAGGAGCACUGAGAUAAUCUUCUUGGACAUGCAUGGAGACUCUAUAAAGAUGACAAGACCCUUGAACUGGUUAGUGAAUCCCUAUGCAAAUCAUGCAUUGUUUCUAAAGUACUACGAAGGUGAAGAGGAAGGCUCUUCUGGUUCAACAUGGGUGUACAACAUUGGAAUGAGAAAAGAAAUUGUUGAAGGAUAUGAUGGAAGAUGUGAAGUCAAAUAUUUUAGAAAAAGCGCAUAA